AUGAGACUUACACGGCCCUCGCGCUUCGAGCGCCUCGGCUCAAUACAAAUCAACGAACUCCAGCGCGUCAUCGAGCUCGACGCCGGAUCAGGCCGAAGCACCUCCUCAAGCCUCACCGUCUCGCGGGACGACUUUUUAGCCAUCGAGUCGCGCAUGGCCAUCGUCGUGCUCUGCAUGAAUGAAGAGUUCCGCACAAUCGAGUCCGUCUUCUCGGGGAUCCCGCACGACUGCCUCAUCGUUCUCGUUUCCAACAGCAACCGGACGGGCGGCUAUAACGACAGGUACGAGACGGAAGUCAACAUCUUGCAAACCUUUUGCCGCGAGGCGGAUCGUUUCGCCAUCGCGGUGCAUCAAAAGGACUCCUGCCUCGCUGAUGCGUUUGCGGCGGCCGGGGCUCCUGAGCUGGUGAGCGCUGACGAUGGGCUUGUGCACAGCGGCAAGGGGGAGGGGAUGCUUGUUGGCAUGGCUGUUGCUGCGUUGAUGGAGAGGGAGUAUGUUGGCUUCGUGGAUGCUGAUAAUUAUAUCCCCGGUUCCAUCAACGAGUAUUGCAAGAGCUAUGCUGCUGGGUUUCACCUCUCGAGGGCGACGGCGGAACAUGCCAUGGUCCGGGUGUCGUGGAGCUCGAAACCCAAGGAGCGGAACGGUCGACUCAUGUUUGAUCGGAGGGGACGGAGCUCACGGGUGGUGAAUGAGUGGCUGAACAACCUUUUGCAAGAGUUCUCCGGCUACGGGACGGACUGCAUUGCCACGGGGAAUGCUGGGGAGCAUGCCAUGACCAUGUCCCUGGCGCUGAAGCUUCGGAUGGCGAGCGGGUUUGCGGUUGAGCCGUAUGAGUACCUCUACCUCUUGGAGCAGAUGGGCGACUUGGACUAUCAUCAUCACCACCACAACAAGUUCAACAACAAGUUCAACAACAACAACAGCCACCACCAAAGACUCGAUGAUGACGGCAGCGACAUGCUCUCCGACGCAAGCACCCCCAUAUCUCCGUCGUCUCCGUCACGAAUGUCACAGCUCCUGUCGCCUCCCGCUUCGCCCAUGAGCCUCAGCGGCCGUAGCAGCAGCAGGAGCAGCAACGGCUCGCGGCAGCUCGCGCACGCAUCAGUGCAGAUUCACCAAAUCGAGACGCGGAACCCGCACCUGCACGACAACAAGGGCGACGAGCAUGUCAGCGACAUGCGCGCGCAGGCGCUGCACAUGCUGUACCACUCGCCCAUGACGCCUGCGCCGAUGAAGGCGGCGCUGCGCAAGUGGAUGGAGGACGAGGGGGUGUUGGCGGUGGGCGGGGAGGUGCCGCGGGAGCGGGUGUACCCUGCGCUCGGGGAGCUUGAUAUGGCGAGGCUUGAGGGGUUAUUGGGCGGGGAGAGUGUGAGAAGGAUGGUUGGGGGGUUUCUUUGA